AUGCUGCGCAACAAAUCCGACGAGUACAAAGGCCUGGUUAACAAGGAUCUCGAGCUGUCGAAGCAGGAGAUCCCCGCGGGUCACGCUGCGCGGCAUGCGCCCCAUCUCCACAAACAACGACUCAUCAAGACACGAGCAGCAACAACGACCACCUAUACCACGACGGUUCUCCAAGACGAACGACAGUACUCCACUGUUGACGACAGAAUCCUAAAUCGCUACAUCUUUGCAAUUAUGACACCACUGCGACAAACACGGGAACGCUCGUCCAGGGACAGCAUCUGCGACGCGAUGACCUUAACAAGCGAUGAAUACGAGACACUAUAUGCAGAAGUUGAGAGAGAGAUGAGAGAACGAGCUAUAUUAUAUAGCGAGGGUGGUUGCGUCACGACAGAACAGCCCGCUGCAAAGUACGGCGCCCGACAGUCGCCUACGUACAAUCACGCACUUAGCAGUCCGAUGUAA